AUGGAUCUUAAAUUCACCGAUUGUACAACUUUCUCAUUAGGCUUUAAUCCAGUUAAGCAAAAAUCUGAAGGCAACGUUGAAAUGAUUCAAUCCAAUAAAGAAGGUCAAGAUUAUCAAGACCCAAUUAUUAGUAAAUUUAGUAGCAGAAGUCGUACGGAAGGAAUAGAUCAUCUAAUAUCUUGUAACUCAAGUAUAUCAGCAAGUUAUCUACCGCCUAAAAUAACUUCAACAAUCUGUCAAAAUAAUUAUAUUGUUAAUAAUCCAUCGACUACAGAUCUUUCUCAACAAGGUUUAAACGAAUUGUAUCAAACCAGACAUAAUUCUGAGUUGAAACAAUCUAUUAGCGACGAUUUAAAUCAAGAUAAUGUUAAAGAUCAUGACAUUAACGAAUCUCUUCUUCCAAGCGAACACUACAGUAUCAUCAAUCCUUGUUCUAUACCAAGCAGCAUGAGCAUAAUAUCAAAUUUUGGUACAUGGAAAAAUUAUCUGGGCUAUACAACGAAAGAAAAUACUCUUCAGUUUUUUGUAUAUACAUUGCAAGCGUUAAUAACUCAAUUUGAAAGUAAUACCGAUGCUGCAUCCUAUUUGCAAGAUAAUCUACAUCAAUAUACCAUUAGUUGUAAUCGAUAUCAUUAUGAUGCGAUAAAUGCUGCGGUUGUAAUAUUGACUGGGCGGAACAGUAUCAAUUUCAAUCAUCAUAUUGGUAAUUCUACGUGUAGGGUUGGAAUUAUGCCCUUAACGGGCCACUUUAAAAUUUUUAUUCAAUUUUAUAACAAAUUUCUUAAGCAAUUAUAUCCACUUAAAACAGCUAUAUAUCGUAAAAAGGUAAAAAGUAAAGGUAAAAAAUCCUACUUGGUUGAAGUAGUCGCAAAUCUCCAUUUAUGUUGUUUUCGAAAACGAUGUAAAUUAACUAGUUUAAUUGAUCAUUUGAAAUAUGAUUUACGGAAUUUUGUUGAUCCUUAUUUACCAACUAUCCGCGCUCAUCUUGUAUCUAUCAAGAUGAAUAAUCCAGAAUUAAGACAAGUAAUGAUUAAUCAUGAGCUGUUUACGCGCUCGGAAAGAGAAAAUAUGCUGUAUAAUAUAUUAAAUUGA